AUGGGGGAAAGUGAGGGAAGCGAAUUCCCUCCAAAAAAGCAGCAGCAGUCGGAGACUGCAGAUUUUCCAGCCAAGAAGCUAGCCAGACAGCUCGAUUUCACACAGGGUGUACUUCCUGAUCACCCUCAAUCGCAGCCGUCGCCGCUGCAGAACCUGCCUGUGGUGAUUUCCUCGGCGGCUGCUCAGAGCCAGCCGCAGCCUCACCCACAACCGCAACCGCAACCACAGGUGGUUGCGAUUCCAGUUGCCCCACAACAGCAGACGCAGCAGCAGCAAGCAGCGAGGGCUGUGAAACCAGAAUCACCAAAAUCAAGACCAAGACCAACUUCUGAAUUGAAAGAUGGCACUCCAAAGAAGCAAAAACAGUGCAACUGUAAACACUCGCGGUGCUUAAAGCUUUAUUGUGAGUGCUUUGCCUCUGGAACAUACUGCGAUGGGUGUAAUUGUGUUAAUUGUUAUAACAAUGUUGAAAAUGAGGCUGCCAGGCGAGAAGCUGUUGAAGCAACUUUAGAGCGUAAUCCAAAUGCAUUUAGGCCAAAAAUUGCAAGCAGCCCACAUGGAACACGGGAUAGUCGGGAAGAGACUGGGGAAGGAUUGGUGUUUGUAAAGCACAAUAAGGGAUGUCACUGCAAGAAAUCUGGAUGUCUCAAAAAGUACUGUGAAUGUUUCCAGGCCAACAUUCUUUGUUCUGAAAAUUGCAAAUGCAUGGACUGCAAGAAUUUUGAAGGAAGUGAAGAGAGACAGGCUCUCUUUCAUGGUGACCAUGGCAACAACAUCGCAUAUAUUCAACAGGCUGCAAAUGCUGCAAUAACUGGGGCUAUUGGAUCUUCUGGCUAUGCUUCCCCUCCAGUAUCUAAGAAGAGAAAAGGUCAGGAUCUUUUCUUUGGGCAGACAGUCAAGGAUCCAUCAUUUCACAGGCUUGGACAUUUCCAACCGGCUGGCCAUAUCAGGCCUGUGGCAGCCUCCUCCUCGUUGCCUUCCAAUCCCGUUGCUCGUGCCUGUAAUGCUACUACAUUGGGCCCUUCAAAAAUCACAUACAGGUCUCUUUUGGCAGACAUUAUCCAACCACAAGACUUAAAAGAACUUUGCUCAGUUUUGGUGGUUCUGUCAGGAGAAGCUGCCAGGACGCUUUCAGGAACACACCAACUCCUGAUUGCAGAAACAGCCAAAGUAGAACUAGCUGAUCUCUGGUUAGGCAAGUUAUCACUCACAGCUUCAACAUAUUCAAGCAACUGGUUCAGAAUGUUUAAGCACAACAUGUCCUUGUAUGCUUCAUAUUGCAUCUGGUUAGCUUGUGACCAAAGAAAUUCAACGGAAAUGCGAGUAGAAGAUCAAAGAGAAACUUCGCUUGCUUCAUCUACUCAAGAAAGGUUGCAGAGCCAGAAGGAAUCUGAUGCUGAUAAAAUUGUUGCUAAUGAUUGUUCAAGUGCAAAUCAUUCUGAUAAAGUAGGUCCUGAUGAUUCCAGCUCAGAUGGUGCUGAUAUGCCAAAAGGAAGGCCAAUGUCUCCUGGGACUUUGGCAUUGAUGUGUGACGAACAAGAUACAAUGUUUAUGGCUGCUGCUUCCCCCAAUGGGUUGAUGGGCCAUGGCUGCAACACUUCUUCGCAGGUGUCUUGUGGACAAGGCAUGACAGAGGCUCAUGCAGAGCAAGAAAGAAUUUGUUCAUCAUUAGCCAGAACUGAGUUGGGGAAUCAAAAUGACCCACUCAGCAAUGGUAUAGCGAAUACCAGAACUGGAACGGGGAGUCAACAGGUACCCUUUAGCAAUGGGGUUGUUAAAGUUGUUCCACCAACUGCAAAACCACCCCAGAUGGUUACUUCUAUAGUUGCCACCUCUAGCAGUGAUAUUUAA